AUGGCUCACAUUCACUCCGCAGAUAAGUGGGACAAGCAUUCAUCCAAAUGGGCAUCCUCAGUCCAAAAUUUGACACGCAAACCCUGUGAAGCCCUCCUACAACUAGCGACCUCCAUUCUUCCCAUAAGCUCUUCCUCUCGUAUCCUCGACAAUGGUGCCGGCAGCGGAAUGUUCACCAACAUUAUCCUCACACAAUACCCCUCAGCCACAAUCCUCGCCGCCGACCUCUCUCCCGCAAUGCUCAACUCUCUCACCCAAAACAUCCACGGACCCAAUCWCCAAACCGUCGUGGCAGACGCCAUGGAUCUCCAAGCCGCCGGCCUCGAAGACCAAUCUUUCACGCACGCCAUGGGAACAUUCUUCCUGAAUUUCGUCCCAGAUCCCAUCAAGGCCAUUUCCGAAAUGCAACGCGUCACGAAAUCCGGAGGCAUCGUUGCGAUUGCGACAUGGAGUCGCGUCGACUAUGUUCCCAUAUGGCAGAAAGCAGUGCGAGAAACCGUGGAUGAGAAGUGGAUUCCUCCUGCGUUUUUCCAUCCCCAAUCGACGGAAUUGGAGGAUGUCAAGGGAAUUUUCCAGGGACUUGGAAUGCGGGAUGUUCAGGCCCAGUCAUUUGCGUGUCGGCAUGCGCAGAAAGAGAGUCCUGAAGCGGCGGUGGAUGAGUUUUUGAAUUUGGGGAAUCCGACCACGAUGCUUCUUAUGGAGGGGUUUAGUGAGGAGCAGAUUCAGAUGAUACGUCCUGCGUUUGUGAAGGCGUAUAGGGAGGAGCAUGAUGGGGUGGAGAAGGCGCAUGAGGAUCUUGCUGUGUUUGUUGUGGGAACGGUCGUUUGA